AUCAUCAGAUACCGACACAGAAAGGUACUCGUAAUAAUAUAGAAGAGAUCGAGAAGAAAAAUUUGGGAGAAAAUCAAGCUGUUUCAAUGGCGGACAACAUAAAAGAAGACCAAGAAACCAGACCCACUUCCCCAUCAGCAGCAGCAGCAGGAUCAGCGUCAUCAUCGUACAUGUUACUUCUUAGGAUUAUGAGCAAAAGGAGAACAUGGGUAUGUAUUUUCGUUACGGUAUAUGCCAUCCUCUUAACAUCUUCAUGGAAUUUCCUGAAAUCCAUACUUUCAUGGUACAAAUUACAAGCCGAGCCGUCUUCCUCAGCUUCUGGGUGGCCUGCCCUUUAUGCUUCUGUGCUUCUGGGGGCAGUUUUCGGGCUGCUUUCAAUGGUUGCAGCCCUGGCAGUGCUGGUUCCUGCCACGCUGGUCACGUGGAUCACGGUUGUGGUUUUGCUGGCCUUCUUUGGGAAGCCCAGGAAGACUUUGGUUGUGGAAGGGAGGAAGAUUACUAGGGAGAUUGGUGGGUUUGUGCUCAAGAUUUUGUUGAAGGAAGGGAAUUUUGUCGCUGCUGUUUGUGCUGUUUUGGGAUACUUUGCACUUGUUAGGAGGAACAACGAGGUUGAUUUGUAGAAUAAUUACAUGUUUUUUUUUUUCUCUUUUUGUGUUUGAUUCUGACGAGGUGGUUUCUGCCGUGCGGAUCGAUUUGGGCGGCCGGAUUUGGUAAAGUUUCGCUUGGUUUCUAUUUUGGGCUUUAGGGGAAACCUCUUCUUCAUGAGAUGCUACUUCUGAUGUAUGUUUUUUUUUUUUACCUAUAUUAAUAUAAUGAGCUCUUCUUCUU